AAUCCGAAAAUAAGUGAAAAAAUAGAAACUAGUUGUCCAAUAUGUCAGCCCCCAUGUUGCAGUUUUUCUCCAAAAGAUUUUGCAGCAAAUGCUUCAAGAUAGCGCAAUCUCAGAGAGUUCCUUCAAUAUUUAAAUAUGCAGAACAGCUAAAGAUGACAACCACUCCCAAAAUUUCGAGACAUUUUCAUGUCAGUGCAGGUCCAUUACGACAUGGGGAUUAUGAAUAUAAAGAUCCAAAAUCAGAAGAUGAAGUAGUAAAUAUUACAUAUAUAGAUAGAAAUGGAGUUAAAAAACCUGUCAGAGGAAAAGUUGGUGAUAAUCUGAUGUAUUUAGCUCACAGAUAUGAUAUAGAGUUGGAAGGAGCCUGUGAAGCAUCACUAGCCUGUUCAACAUGUCAUGUUUAUGUACAUAACAAUUACUUUGAUAAAUUACAAGAGCCAGAAGAAGAAGAAGAAGAUAUGUUAGACAUGGCUGUAUUUUUGAAGGAGAAUUCUAGAUUAGGUUGUCAGAUAAUUUUAAGUAAAGAAUUGGAAGGUUUAGAAGUAACCUUACCUCAGGCUACCAGGAACUUUUACGUUGAUGGACAUGUACCUCAGCCUCACUGAUAUCUAGUGAUAGUCAAAGCUUUAAUCUCAUAUUGGAAUCAUUGUGUGAACUUCACUUCAACCAAAUGCAAAUGAUUAUAAUUGUAUAGAGCUCUAGUAAGAAAAGUCUGAUAUCUUUAUGUGGAAGGAUGAACUAUGGAAACAGUAUCAUAUAGGUUAUACCAUACUGUAUUUAUUUUACCUUGUACAAGAAAGAUAUGGAGUGAUAUUUACUUUGUGAAGUGAUACUAAAUAACAGGUUUUAAGGAUAGAAAUUCUCUAUUAUAAUUCUGUCACAAAUGACUUGGCAAUACCAAUACAUUUGUAUUCACAUUGUUUGACCUGAUUAUACAUUUUUCACUGGAAGCUUGUGCUUCACAUUAAAUUAAGAAUAUUAUGUCAUGCUCUAUGUAUUAUAUAUGUUUUUUGAAAUUACUUUGCAUGUUUUUCAUUUGAAGAUUCUACCAAUAUUUGGAUCAUUAAUUUAAACAGAACAUGGGCAUUAGAUUGCUGAAUAUUUGUUAGAGAUGAUGUAAAAAGAGUUGUACAUAGGUUUCUUCCCAGAACAGCAAUUGGUGAACAAAGAUGAUAAAUUGUCUAGAAAUUAUCUUGAAAUUGUUUCCUUCUACCUCAUAAUAAUGAUUUCCAUCAGUGUUUGGAACAAAACAAUUGAUAAAUUUACAAGCACAUUGCAGCGCUUAUAUUUUAUUAUAAUUCAUUAAACAGUAUUUUACUUUUGAACUCAGAUUUGUCAUGACACAUUUCUGUAAGUACUUGCAUCAAUGUAGAAAGUAAAGAAUGACAAAUAUACACACAAAAAUCAGAGCAUUUUAAUUGAUUAUCGCUUUUUGAGCAUUUACCCCUGCUUUUACUGACUGAUAAAUUCUUGCUCAGCACAGAAGAGUGAUAUACAAAAUUAUCACUAGAAACUAAGGGGGCACAUGCUGUUGUCAAUGAAAUUAACAAAGUCGUAAUAGGUUAAAUAGCGAUAAACAGAUUAUCAAUGGUCAUCUCAACUUGAUUGCUUUUCUAACUUUCGACUUACUGGCACAAGCACGAAAAUCAAUCUCGUUGAGAUGACCAACGAUAAUCUUAGACUAUAUAUACAUGUAUAUAAGAUAUUAAGUUAUAGAUGCCUGUUGAUUCAGUUUCAUUGUUCAAAUGAUUGUAUUUUUCAUACCUAAUAAAACAAAUUCAUGUUCAGUUAUUAAACAAACAAACAAAUUUGAUUUGAUUGAUUUACCUACACUUCAAGAUCAAGAAUUCAAUACCGUAUAUUUCUUUUUUAAUUUAUUUAUGAUAUUUUUACAUCUCUGAUAAAACAAUAGUUUCACAAAAUAAGAAGCAUUUAUGUUUAUGUGUUGUGAGAUCUGAAAAUAUUAACUUUCAAUAUUCAGGACUUUUUUUACAUUUUGUUUAUUUAUAAAUAAGUUAUACUACUUGGAUUUGUAUGUUUGAGAAUUUGAGUUCAAAUCCCUGCUCAUGGAAAGGCAUUUAAAGUUAUAUUUAAAAUGAAAUGACCUUUGAUUGAUUGAUUGAUUGUUGUUGGUUGCUUAAUAUCCAGAAACAACACAUAAUAUUGAAAAAAUAAUUAAGUGCUAAUAAAGAACAAACAUGAUGUUCAUGUAGAUGUCUUGAUGCCAUAAAUGGAGAUUUCUUUCCCCACCUAAAUAGAUAACUACAACUAUAAAUGGUACUUUUUGUGAUUGAUUUUUUGUUUACAUAUUUGCAGGUAACUAUUGAUAUUGAUUUUUAGUUUGAUGUUUGAUUGUUAUAUGCUAUGAAGACAAUGAAUAAAAGUAAAUAAUAAUAA